AUCGCGUCUGUCUCCGACCUUGGCCAUCAGCGCGCACGGGAUAAAAUGGCCGCCGAUUCCACCUAUGCACAGGUACAUCGCCGUAUCGUUGAAUCUGGGGAGUGGGAUAGAAUUUAUGCAGCACUAAUAGCACGGCUCAGUGAGCUGGGCUGGAUUGAUUCCUUGCGGCAUUCAGCCAGAGAUCAUGCUCGCCAUAUGCAAUUCCGAGACCUCUUAGCGGAAGUUGAAGAACAAUGUAACUCAUCCGUACCACUCGCCGUUAGGCAAGAGAUCAUGGGCCUGAUACGGAACUUUGUAGAGAAACAGUUUGAUUGACCUGGAAUUGCCCGAGCUUAUGAAAUGAGUGGCCUAUUGAAUUUUCCAUGUCUAUUUCCUUCUAUUGAUUUGCUUGUGUUUUCUUAAACUGAAGCAUUUGUAUCAGGUCACUCAUCCUUAAAUUAUACAGUUAUGUAGAUGUAUCAGUGCAGUCAAUAUCAACCUGUGACCUGUUUAUCAGGCUCCUGUAUCAGUACCAUACGCCUUGCACUCAAGAUAUCGGCGGGAUUC